UCAGGCCUGCUGGGAUUGAGGGGCCUCUCUAGUUCUGUGGCAGCACAGACAAGGCAGAUGUGACCUGCCAUCCUGAGCCAAGAGACCCACCUUCGACAGGUGAGGAUGCUGGCUUCUGAGCUUUGGAGGCAACACUGUACACAACAUGAGGUGGGGAGGCCCUGAAUGACCACUUCUUUCCAAAGGGUGACAUGGCAUAGACCGUGCUGUGAGUAUGGAGGAUUCAAGGGCAUGAGCAGAUGGUGUUCCACAAUCAUUUAAAAGCCAUUUAAAUUACUUAUUUUUCUGCUGGUGCUGUGGAAUUGAACCCGGGGUCUCACGCAUCCUAGCCAAGGGCUUACCUGAGCUACAUCCCUGGCCCCUUAGACUUUAACUCAAAACAGGUCAUCAGUGUGAAUACCUGGAGGCCAAAUGGUAAGUGUUGAACAGUCACUGAACUGUCAAUGUGCUAAACCCUUCCUUUCCGUCAUCUAGACAUUUUACAGUAUUCAGGUAGCUGCUAGUGUGCCCUGUUGAGACCGAGCCAGAGAUGUUGCCCACCUUGCCCGGGAGACCAGCUAAUGGAACAAUGUGACUUCAUGUUGUAGAGCCCAGGCAGGCUGCAGUGGCAAGAGGGAGAGAUUAUUGAAGAAGAGGCUCAGGGAAAGAGGUAAUGACCCCAGCCCCCAGCAGAGACCACGUUUCAGGACCAUCAACAGCUCUAGAUAGGGGGUUUGGAACCCUCACCCAAGCGAGUCCACCUCCCGUCCCGAGGUGCGGGCUGGAGCGGGUCUGCUGGUCUGCCGAGAUUCCUCGCCAGCUCCGGCUGCUCCAAUGGGGCGGGGGCCGCCCGCGGGGCCAGGCGGGGCUGCGCUGCCAUCUGGAGCGCAGUGCGUGCGGGCGCCGCGGCCAGGCGAGCCGAGGUGCUCACGCAGGGAGGAGCGCAGCCCGCACAUGGGCCAGCCUGGCCGCCACCGCCCCUAGCCGGGCCGGGCUCACAGCCCGCGGCGGUAGCCACUCCACCAGCCAUGUCCUUCGGCGGAGCCUCGGAGCGCAGCGUCCCGGCCACCAAGAUCGAGAUCACCGUGUCCUGUCGGUGAGUGGGCCGCGCAGAGCAGGUCUCCGGCGUCGCGGACACGGCUGGACCGGGAGGGGGGCCCGCCGAGGAGCGUGGACAGGGAACCUGCUGGACCUAGACACCUUCUCCAAGUCCGAUCCCAUGGUGGUGCUGUACACGCAGAGCCGCGCCAGCCAGGAGUGGCGGGAGUUCGGACGGACCGAGGUGAUCGACAACACGCUCAACCCGGACUUCGUGCGCAAAUUCGUCCUCGACUAUUUCUUUGAGGAGAAGCAAAACCUGCGCUUCGAUGUGUACAACGUGGACUCUAGAACCAACAUCUCCAAGCCGAAGGAUUUCCUGGGACAAGCAUUCCUGGCGCUAGGAGAGGUGAUCGGAGGCCAGGGAAGCCGCGUGGAGCGACCCCUCAAGGGUGUACCAGGCAAGAAGUGUGGGACCAUCCUGCUGACCGCGGAGGAGCUCAGCAAUUGUCGGGACAUUGCCACCAUGCAGCUGUGUGCAAACAAGCUGGACAAGAAGGACUUCUUUGGGAAGUCAGACCCCUUCCUUGUGUUCUACAGGAGCAACGAGGAUGGCACGUUCACCAUCUGCCACAAGACCGAGGUUGUGAAAAAUACACUGAACCCUGUGUGGCAGCCCUUCAGCAUCCCUGUGAGGGCACUAUGCAAUGGAGACUACGACAGAACUGUGAAGAUUGACGUGUAUGAUUGGGACCGAGAUGGAAGCCACGACUUCAUUGGUGAGUUCACCACCAGCUACCGGGAGCUGAGCAAGGCCCAGAACCAGUUUACGGUCUACGAGGUACUGAACCCGCGGAAGAAAUGCAAGAAGAAGAAAUACCUCAAUUCGGGAACUGUGACACUGCUGUCCUUCUCGGUGGACUCUGAAUUCACUUUUGUUGACUACAUCAAGGGAGGGACACAGCUGAACUUCACGGUAGCCAUUGACUUCACAGCUUCCAAUGCCAAGGACCCGCGGGCCUCAGAGAACACGUUGGUCGGAGGGUUAUGAUCAGCACAAAGCUGGGCACAAGGAUGCAGGAAGACAAAUGGAUGGAUGGUUUACUCUGUAACUGCUCCACAGGUGGCUGGAUCCAUGGAUGGAUGGGAGGGAAGGGCUGUAAGGAAAGCGGGUAAAUGGAUGGGUGUAGGGUGCUUAGUCAGGGUGAAUCGAUGCACAGACAGCAAGAAGCUGGUGGUUGAGUGAGGACAAUACACUGGACAGCACAAGGGGAUGCAGGGACUGGCAAGUGGGUGGACACAGGGAGACAGAAGGUAAGGAGAAGGAAUGGAUCAGUGUUCAGAUGAACAGGUCCACAUGAAAACAGACCCAUGAGUGAGUGGAAUAGGCCGGUGCUACUGGAGAAGGUAAGAUGACUGGAAGGACAGGUGGAAAAGAAAGAAAUUGUUAACGGAUGAGCGGGGGCCAGGGGUGUGCUGAAUUACAGGCAGGGAUGGCUAAGAAGAUUGGGAAGUGGACUUAAGGCCCAGUGAUGGGCAGACAGGCGUGUGGGUAGAGGGUUACACAGAUGGACAGACAGAGGGCAGGAGGGUGGAAAGACAGAUAAACAGACACAGGAAGGGCAGCGGAAAACUAGGGAGACCCUAGGCAGAGGACAGGUGAGGGGACUCAGCAACAAGAGGUGAGCGGGGUCUGGUCCAGGCAACAAGGCUGGGCACUGUCC